AUGUGGCUUUUAGUGUUGCUCUUUGUCCCGGUUUCUUCUCAUUACUAUCUGAAUACAAGUGAUCAGGGUAAGGAAAAAAAGCAUUUAUUUGCAUUUUCAGCUUCAAAACCUAGCUUUUAAAUAGUUUGCCGUGCUUCCCUCUAUCUUCUAUGAAUUUCUUGUUUUGAAAACUUAUUUUUGUUUUCAGUAAGAGUUCAAAAAGGUCAAUGCGUGUUGUUUCGAACACUAACUCGAAAUUUUGUUUCUAAUUAUGUUACAUCUUUUUUUCGUGUAGGUGGAACAGUUUGUGAAUUUCAAAAGUUCCGUUGUAGCUGAUCUACGUUACAGUUAGUUUUUGUAUUUUCAGCACGACAGAUAUUUAUUUUAAUUUUCACUGACCUUUCUAUUGUCCGCUUAACUACAUGCAUCAUUUACAAAUUCAUUUUAUCCACUGUGAUUGCAAAGUAUCUGUUUUCAUAAAAACGCAAUUUAUUUAAAUGGCUACAUGCUGAGAUUCAUUUUCUAGUGGGGCGAAAAUAAAGACUGCAACCAAUAUAAUUUUUUCCCCUUCGUCAGGUCUAGAUUUCCGUACUUUCAUUAUUCAUGUGAUUCUCUCUCUCUGUCGCUUUUUGUUUAAUCCCAAAAUUUCGUGACACGAUAACCUUAUCUUUAAUCUUUAAUUAUCAGAAUAUUUAUCAUUUUUUCUUAACGCUUGUAUGAUAAUGUAAAAGCAAAAUCUGCUCUCUUGCUUCCGUAAAUGCCCUUCUUCAUUCUCUUUCCAACUAGCUUUUUCCAUCAAAUGUUUUCAUACGAGUAAAAAUGUUUCGUUUUUAGGAAAUAUCAUUUAAAAUAGAAAAAAGGAAAAUCGAACAGAUAGGACGUGCCUGAAACAUAAAUUUAGCUUUGGCUUAUCUUGUACAUCCGGUAGCAGCCACUUUAUUAUUAUUACUUUACUUCACUUUAUUAUUCGUUUUGUCUGCACUGCAACAGCUAGGGUUCCCUUUUACUCAGUAAAAGAAGGCUGCGGGAUCUUAAACCCCCAUUACUCUGUCAAGUGAGUUUUUUUUUUUAAAACGUUGUCCUUCCAGUUGGUGGUACAAAUCGAUAAAUAUUGUCCUUAACGAAGGAAAAUAAGUACUAUAGUUUUUCACUUGUUUAGGGUGGAUGUGAGGGAUUUUAGGGUGGAUUUGACUGAAUCUCCUGUAACUCGACAGCCCCUACCUCUAGACUUUCCCAACCUUUCCAUGUCGGUGCUUGCUUAAAAUAAACCAGGUUAAGAUUUUAACUGUCAAACAGACAUUAUUUAAAGAGUCCUCAGUCCUACUUAUCAACUUAGCUGCUUGUAAACUCGCUUAUCUUGUUUUCAGUAAAGGGCAAUCGGUGUGUAUUUAGUUGGUGACACUUUGAAGCUGAGGUCAGUUGCAAUUGGCUUUCAGUAUGGCCACCUCGGUAAUACGCACACUUUGUUAUUACCGUCCCUUGUUCUGGCCCGUCAUACAUUUAUUUUUCUUGUAAAAAAACCUUGUUAACGCCGGAAUCCGUUUUCACGGCCACCGGCCACAUUAUAGAAACCCAAACGGAAGAAUCUUCUCAUCAAAAAGCCUUUUUGUGGUUUCUUCAGUCAAAGGAUAAGACUGACACAGCAGAUGCCCCUUUUCAAAGUCGUGAAUAGUAUUGUACUAUGAUGUGCAUGUAAAAAAAGUCAAAGAGCCCAGGACUUCCGUUUUCAGAAGCACAUAGGAUGGGCUUAAAUUGAGCUAUUUGUCGUCAGCAUAUGGUUAAUUCUUCGGCUUAAACCGGGUGCUUAAAAAAACUAGCGUUGCUCCCUUUUUACUUUUUCGCGAUUAUUCCUACUCUUUCAUGUGAAACUAGUUGUAGCUGAAAAGAGGGCGAAUCCGAAGAGGGGCCGAUUGCGUUCGAGCUCAGAUAGAAUGGAUGCAGAAAAUUUAUCGCCUUAGUUGCCGUUCGCGUACAAUAUGUCGGAACUUGGAAAAAAUGGUCACGGGAAGGAAGGGUACUGGAGUCGCGGGUGAAAAGUUGUUGUUUUGCCCAUUAAGAGACCUGCUUGUUUGAGUUGCUCUUUAAUGUCUUCGUCGUUACUGGUUAACUUCCUUUUGAUUAUGGUACGUGGUGAUUCUCGCUCCCCGGCAAGGUUCAUAUGAGAGUUUGCUGCUAUUCUCGGUCCUCUCUCAGCUACCAAAUAAUUCUCAUGUGGGUGACUUGAUAUAAUUGCCUUUUUUUAUCAGUACAGUGCGAGGUUAUCUCUUGCCCCAAACCAUCAGAGAGGAUUUUUGUCACCUGCAAAUAUCAUGACUCUCAUAGUCAUGUCUAUUUUCAGUAAGUUAAUCAUUUAAUAUAAUGUUAAAUAAAACUCAAAGUUAUCAGAGUUAACAUUGUAUUUUAAUAAUCUGACAGCCUGUUUUUCUCCAUUCUCUUGAAUUGUGUGACGCGUGUGCGACACCUUUUAAAUAAAAAGGAUUGCUAUCGAAUUACUAUUUUUAGGCUCAAUUAACAUGAUAAUAGAAGAAAAAUGGAUUCCCGAUCUCAGCACAGUUCUUCCCGUUCCCACACGUGCAAAAUGAAAUGGAAUACAAUUCAAGUGGCGAAAGGUUAAUAUGAUAAGUAAGACUUUAAGGUUGACAUGUUUUGUGAUAACUUUUCUUUGUAAGGUGAAUGUCGUCAUUACGUUAGGUGCAACUCCCGCUUUCCUUCAUGAUGUAAUCAGACAUACAAUUGUAGCAAAUAGAACACGGAAAAGAUUUCCAAAAACAGCAAGAGUAAAGAAAUCACUAUUUUUGUUGCCAACACUUUCUUCAUAUUAGCGUAGUUGAAUACAUAAGGAGAGAUUAGUUAAUAUAAACUUUUCAGGGAAGUAAAAUACUAUCGUGUGUCAACUAGCCUGCGUUGCGGCCGGCCUACGAAUCGUCUAGACUAUUUGCGAAUUAGUGCACAAAAGCUCGUUCUGAUAUCCAGCGGAGUCGCAAAGACAUAUGUGAGCGUUUGUGAUAGGCAGGUUUCUUACAGGAUUCUUACUCGCCUCACGAUUGACCCAAUUCUUACGCGUGCGUGACGGUUGGGUGCAGUGACAUGUCAAAAUUCACAGAAUGGAGUUGGCAAGGAGCUUUUCAUACGGUAAACAAUGAAAGAGCAGUUCGAACUUAAAAGCCUUCUUCUGCACUAAAAGAAAUGCGUUGAGAGUAUUCCUUCAAGGCCAAAUGUGUUUGUAAAUUGCCGACUGGUUUUCUAGGGUCUUCUAAUCGCUGCAGAUACACUGCCGUGUAUUCUGCAAUCUAGCCGAGAGUUCUAGCGUCAAAGUAAAUCAGGAAAUCAUAAUAUUCACAGAAAAAAGAAAACGGAGAAUACCAAAGAAAUUGACCAGCUUCAUACUGUAACCUCAAAAUGUGAGACUCGAAAAUAAAAUGAUGCUUUGCUCAGUCAAAAUUUAGAAUACUUCAUGCAUUGCAUAAUGUGCAUUUAAGAGAGUAAGCAAGAAAAACCUCUGUUGUCCAAGCUGACUCUAAGGUCACGUUUCACACCAUUCUCUCUUGUCACUAGCUAUGAGUCAUGUUUGGCCUGUCAACACUUUAUUUCAAAUCGAACUAAACACACACUGCGUAAGAAACUAGCCAAUCAAAAACGCCGACAUAUGUCCUUGCGACUCUGCGGGAUUCGAACUCGAUAUUAUGCACUAAUUCGUAGAAGCUCUAUACAUAAGGUUUAGGGUUUAGGGUUUGCGAUGCAGGUUAGCGUUAAUUGAGAAAAAGUAAAAGUACAGUUUCUUGUCAUGUAUGUCAUUAGACCAUUUACACCGCAUUACAUUAGAGAACGCGGCAUCCACUUAUUACAAAAUUGCAAAGAGUGUUACCAACGACAAAUUUUGAUACAGGUGUUGGUUACAAACUGCGACAAGUUUAUUAACCAAUGCAAGUUUGGCAGAAAUAAUUUUCAUCUAACGAGAAGUCAUUUCGAUUGAACCUUAGAGAGGAAAACUUUGGAUUUUUUUAAUAUCCAGAUAAAUAUCGAUUCGGAUAACGAUAACAAAGCAUGGAGGUCGACACAUCUAAAAGUAUGUUAAUUUACAUCGAAAAUUUUUAUUGUUUAACAUUAAGGUAGAGAUGUGGUUUUUGGCAUUCCUCGCAGUACCGGUCUUUUCACACUAUUUUUACCACCUCAGCGACCAAGGUAACGAACACUAAAAACUUUUUUUUUGCUAGGUUUCGAAAUAGCUUGUAGUGGUGAGAUAUUAGGCGUAAUUAUCUUUUGAAACAAAUGGACUUGAAUCGAGCACUGGUUUGAGUCGGUUCUUCAGGCACGGCCUUUAAAGUAUAUAAAUUUCACAUAUUCAUCCAUACUAUGUAGUAAGCUAGUAGUUGUGGAGGUGAUUUAAGAGCAAGUUACCGACUUCUUCAUCGCUGAUAAAGUGUACGGGAAUUUUUUCAUUUAAAAAUUAUUUUGUUGUGUUACCCUAGAGAAAAUAAAGAAAUAAAUGAGAACUUUUUUGUGGAUCGAUGUUUAAUUUUUAUAGUUAAAGUUGCUGGCAUAUCGUCCAAAAAAUAGUGAUUCAGAAUCUGAACAAAUUCCACACCUCCUGCAUCAACGCUUCUUUAGUUUUUCCUUUUCCUUUUUAUCACUGUCCUGUUAUAUAAUUUAUCACUGAUUUUUUCCUUUGCAGCUUAAAAGCAUGUAGGAAAAUUUUCUGAUAACUGAUAAGGCAGAUAAAUGUUACAAGGCAAACAUCAGACUGCAACUAAAAUAAGCAUCCAUGUUGUCGGCAUGUUAUCCAUUCGGUUCCCAUUUGGUUUUAGAGAUCUUUAGAUAAAAGACGACGACGUCUUCGUCUACAGGAACUACUAAAUGCAGUACUCGCGUGAGCCAGCGUUAUUUUCGCGGGAAAACAUGAUAGCCGUCGGCAUUUUACUACGGGUUUGUUGGGAAAUUUUGUUAUUUUGCCUUCGUUCAAUUAAAAGCAACUUUCUAACUUUUCUGGGGAAAAGAAGUACAGUUGAACCUAAAUCUUGUCUUAAAUCUUCCCCUCGUAGUCGUCGUCGUCCUGGAAUCUAAAAGACUCUAUUGAUAUGCCGCCGCAAUAAGAGACGUAUCAUUGGCUUUUGAGACAAAGAGUUUAUGAUUCAAUGAUCGAAACAAUUUAUGUUUACUUAAACAAUUCAUUUCAGAAACUCUCCAUCUAAGUUACUUUGAAACUAAAGGUGCAAAGGCUUCACUGAAAUGGUUUGAAAUUAAUAUUUUCGUCACCUGACUUAAAACGAUAACGAAAUUGGAGCAAAUAAGGAUAAAAAAACCUCGUAUUAAAUUUAGAGUAGUUUGCCUAAAAUUAAAGCCGAUUAUCUAGAUCCUGAGUCGUCUAAUAGGAUUAAAGGGCGUACUAUUGAGUGGGCACUGAAGAACUGAAUAUGUAAAUUUAAGUUAAGUUACUUUAGUUGCGAAAUGAGGAAAAAAAAUGUUGUGUGUAACUAACACUAAUCGGUGUCCAUUCGAUUGUGGUAGGAAAUACUUUGUCGAUGUUUAGUUGUUUAAAGCAAAAUGGCCAGACAACACGAAAAUAAAUAAUGCUGGCACCUCUUUUUUUUAGGUUAAUAUGAAGAAAGGAAAUUUUGUUGGAAAUUGAUGAUAUCAUUUAAUUACUUUCGGCAUAUUCAGAAUAACGUGAUUUUCUUGUUUUAAGUGAAUUCGACCAUUAACUAAUUACUUCUUUUUUUGAAAUAACCACAAGACAUUGCUGUAUGUUCGACCUCUGUUCAUAGAACUCUGAUUUUGUCUUUUACCAAUGCUUAAAAGAUAGCCAAUUGAGCAUUGGAUAUCCUGGGAAAUAAUACAGGAAACCUUAUCAGCCCGUUCGAUAAGAUUAUCCUUUUUCUGGCGUUGAUCAAGUUAAGCCUUUAUUUCUUGCUUUCGGGCAUGUAAAAUAAUCUAAUAAAACAAUGUAGCACGUACUAGAACUGGAAUUGAUUUGAAACAAUUUUCUUUACGUGACAUUCAGGGGUAACAUGUGUAGUAAUAUUAUUUGAUGUUCUUAAUUACCGAGUUUAUCAACCAGAAAACUGUCGAAAUGUCAGUAAACGUUACUUCAGUAUAUCUUUUAAGUGUUGUACAUACUUUUUGGGAGCUGUACUCUUGCAAUUGAAAGAAGGCAUUAUGACAAAAAGACAUAAUGGCGACUGCACUUCCGAGAUUCUUCGUUAUGUUGAAAACCUGUUUGAUGUCAGGUAAAAAUUCGAGUAAUCUAUCAGCAGCGCAAGAUAGUAAGCAUGAUCCGAAUCGUUCAAUUUGGGCUGAAUAUAUUUCUGUGGCUUCUGUGGAUUUUUUGUUAUAUAUAUUUUUAAGUUUUCCAGAUGUGCAUGUUCACAAGUAGUCUUUACAGUCUUUACAUUACAUUUUCAUCCUAAUAAGCUUUCUAAUAUUUCUGCCAGCCUGCCCCGAACUUUCCCUAAGGCCGAAUUCAAAUUCCUCGGCUGACUUUUAAGUUACACGAUUUUACAGGGUAUAAGGUGGAUAGUAUGCCUACUGAAUAUUUAUGAGCUUUUGAAGAAACCACAGAAACCCAGAGGAGUCAGUAUGUACGAUAGACAGGGAAAGCCUCUUUUUCAAAAUAUCGGACACAUUUAUGCAAGUUUUUCAUGAAUUCAAUAAAAAAUGCUUUUCAUUUACAGAGGCAAAUCCGGCACCGAAGAGCACUGCGAUGUUCAUGAGCAACCGCAAACCACGGAUAUGUAAAAAUUACUCAAUCUUCCUUUGUUUUAGUCAACUGCUGCGCCCAUUAAACAAUGUUUUUGGUACAGUGCUGACGAGGGAAGGAAAUGAUUGCUAAAAUUCGGCACAAAUUGACCGCAAGCUGAAUGGACUAACAGCAGGGUCCACAAUAUUUUUUGUCUGCGGCUUUUAGUAACCUGUUCGAUAUCCAUCUCAAAGCCUUUUUUAGUUUUUAAACACUUUUACCAGCCCUGCUUUGGUGGGAAACUCUUGUCUAUUCCUCGUCAAGUGUUAUUGGUGGCACACGAUAGGAUUGUGUUGCCGUCCAGUUUUGGUGUUUGUUUCAAUUUUUAUUUCCGUUUGGAGUUUCUGUUGUUAUACAUUUUCGUGGAUAAAGAAAAACAAACCACAACACAUAAAAAUAUGAUUAUUCGUGUAUACUUCGAGUACUGCCAUGAACUUGAAACAAAUCCCUUUUUAGCCCAAAUAUAAACGAACAACAGAUCGUUCCAGCGUAACGGCUGUUGAUUGAGCCCAUGAAGCCGGUUAUAAGGAUCCAUCAGCAUGCGUAUUAUGCCUAGUAGUUUAAUUCGCGCUUGUGCGUAGUGCCACGAUUUGUGAUCUUGUCUUCAUAAACCUUUUCAGCGGACUUACACAAAAUACAUGUGCACUUGUCGCGUGCAUGCGUGAAUAGUGCUCGUUUAAAUGCGUGGGCAACCGUGCCGGGGCAAACCACGUACUUCACAAAAUGCACGAAAUGUUUAACAAUACUCCUUUGGGUCGUCCACGCAAUGUUCCCAUUCUUUCGUCUAAAAGGAAAAAGAUACAGCGAUUUGUAUGAUUUCACUGUGGUGAAAUGAGAGUUAUUUUUUGGGCAGUGAUUUGGAGCCUUUUUGUCAGUAAAUGCCAACCACGGGAUGUUGUGGAAGCCCGUUCUUCCCUGUCAAAUUUAACAGGUUUUUCGCCAUAAUUGGCGCUAAUCAGAUCUGAUAAAUUAUGUUAUAAAACCCUUAAUAUUUAGCGCAUUAACAUUGACCGCACUAUUUUUCUUUUCAGCAAAUUGUCGCAGACCUCUCGGGAUGGCGAGUGGGGAAAUCCGAAACGAACAAAUCACAGUCUCGUCGGCUUUCAACAACGACUACUCGACGUUCGGUGCGCAUCGCGCACGUUUAAAUCUCACCAGCUGGCCGCCAGGGUAUCGAGCCGAUUCGAAACAAGACACUGGAUGGAUAAAAGUAGAAUUGGAGAAGAAAAUGGUGAUAACUGCCAUUGCUACCCAGGGUUACGGGGAUUCUAGCGUAGAAGAGUGGAUUUCACGAUAUAUGGUUAUGUUCUCCAACGGAGGAGACUUUAUGUAUUUCAAAGAUCUCGGCGGUAAUCUUCAGGUAUGUUUCGUCUUGUACCGUUUACCGAUAAACAGUACGUGUACUGUUUUUCAGUUUUCUACUGACAUUUUGAUGAAGACGACCCAAACGGCUCACGUUUACCGGAUCUGUGAGCGUUGAUUAUUUGCUUCUUUGCAUGUUGAUAUAAGGGUAGAUAAUCAGAUAUCGUUCAUCACUUUGGCUUUAUACGGAUACAUGAAUUAAAUGCCGUACUUCAACACGUGCUUAUUUUAUAUGUAUAUAUGUAUUGAAAAAAUGCUCCUGUUUUUAUAUAACGCUUAAAGUUUCUCAUUGUAUGGAUAAAAUAACGAUAAAUUUCUUCUGAUUUAUAACCUGAAUUUAAAAGGCUGGACGGUACUUUAUCUGACAUAUUAUGUCAUCUUUUGUACCAGUAAUCAUUUCACUCUCAAUUGCCACGAUUAGGGUUGUCCAAGAUUUGAAGAUUUUAUUCUCGUUACUCUGAAAACCGUAGACAUAGUGGAGACUUGUUAUUUGAUAUUUUUGUUUGCUUAAACAAUUCUUGGAGACUGUAGUUUGCAAACUUGCACUUUUACGAAAAAAUUAUUUUGGCUUUGUACGACACAAUAGAAACUUGCUGUCAACAUAACGAAGUUAAUAUUUAAUGCACUGGUUGGAAAAUCCUCUGCCGCAUCUUAUUUGAAAAGAAAGCAAAUGAUAAAUUAAAAAAAAAGAAUGCAAUUACUGUUAAAAUUUCCAUAAGUUCUGGAAAUAUUUCUGCUGUGCUUAUUAAAACGCCCGUCAUUGUGCGUUGUUUAAGAGUAAGGCGGUGAAUGCAGCUAGACAAAUGAAUUUUGAAUUGUUUCGUCUUUCAUGUCAGCCUGCGGUGAAAUUGUGAUUUAGAUCCAACUAAUGUAAUUUUCGAACCAUCCAGAAUAGUUCCAAUGUUGUCAUUUUAAAUGACCGUAACAAAAUAUUGUUGUAAACCAGACAGUUUAACUUGUACAUGGAAUCGUGUAUUAAUUAUUUGAUACCCCUGGUGAAUAUUGACGUCGGAUUAUGUUCAAAACUGACGAGUUUGCAGUGACCCUUGGUUUCGUCAUUUGUGUUGUUCGUUUGUAAACAAUUCUUUUGUUUUGUACUGGUACUUAACAAAGAAUGAAAAUACGGGAAGGCUUGAAGGCGGUUUUUAAAUUUUCCUUUAUUAAAAAACUAAAGGAAACAACUGAAGCUUUUUUUUUACAUGGGUCCAACUGUGUAACUCAUGCCGAGUUUAGCUGGUGAGCACCAAGCAACUUUUUCCCGCGCUUUGACGUGUCACGAAAAUUAUAUCAAUAUACCUUCGGAAGGUUCAUUACAGAGAAUAAUACCCCUAUUUGAGGAACACCCUUCACAGUGAAAACGUUACUCCUUAUCACCAUCGGCAGAAAGAUAAUUUAAAAGUAAAUAAACUCUUUUCGAUGGCAUUUGUUUACAUCACGUUAAUCCGUUAGCACCUUACAGAGCUAUCGCCCUUUCAUACCAGGCAAACGUCAAUUCUUUUUAAACCACGUUUUUGUGGUGAGUAGAUUAUUUUCGUUAUACUAUUGUUUUUGUAAAUCACCACCGAGAUUAAUUACAGUAUUAGUUACAACUGCUCACUAAACAUUAAAUUCGGUAACAGAAAUUACAAUUGUAGAAGAAAAACCUACCAUGUUUUUCACUUACACAGUUAGCCUAUUUUACUUUUUUUCAUUAACAUUACGUUUCAGACCUUCAUUUUUACUUUCCAUUGGUAUGACUGUGUUCUUUGUGCAAUUCAUUUGUACUUUACAUUGAGUACAUGCAUUUAAGCCAUUCAUUUUUUUAUUGCAAAAAAGAGCGGAAUCUUCUAACAGUGAUUCAGAUCGCAAAAUGUGAUUAAGAAGAGAGGGAAUGAAACUCUAAAUUUGCAAAUCGUGUCAAAUAAAUAUUAGUGGCCUUCCUGUUCUGACUUCAAACCCCUCUUUUUGACUUAAAGAAAACGUUUUCAUGAGAGAACUGUUAAAACGAGCUUAAUCGAAUGGCUACGCCACUUAGUUUCGUCUACCGAGUAAAAUAAAAGCUGUAAUUAUAUUGAUAUGAAAAACAUGACUCGAUUGCCUUUCUAACCCUUAUGAUUUCAUUUAAAACCCAAACAAAUGCAGUGAUAGUGGUAUUUUAUUUUCUAACAAAAUCGAAGUUGUGGAAAAAAUGGGUUGAAGUAUUAGUUCGGCUAAACAGAAAACAAAGAAGCUAGAUUUAUCUGAUAAAGAAUUAAAAAUUAUGGUUUAUGAUGAAGUAAUUUAGAACAGAUUUCCAACGACACGGUUUUAUUUUUGCAAAGUACAAACUGAAACCUUUAGGAAAAUUUAAAGGAAUGAUCGAAUUUGUUUUUGUGCAGUGAACUUUCAAAAUUUUAGUUUUCCAAACCAAGAAAAAAAAAUUGAACAGUAAACAGCUUAAUGAGCAUCUUGUCUAAAGAAAGAAGGUUAUACUUAGAAGGAGGAAAUGGAGUACGACCAAAGACGUUUUUUUUUAUUAGGAUAUUCGCGAAAAAGGAAUCUCGUCGAACCUAAAUUCGUGUUUCGAAUGUGUCAAGUCGUGAACAUUGCAGCUGUUAAGUAAGCUUAAGAAGUGAGGUUGUACAGCAAGGCUGAGACCUCUGUCCAAAGAACUUUCUUACCUCUCGCUAAAUGAAGGAGACCUCACUUUUUGUCUCACUAAGAGUUUUAGACAUCGCAAGAGUUUUAUCCUUUCUUUCCUCUGUGUUUUUACUGUUACGCCGUCAAAAAUAAAACUGAAUGCAAACCAGUCAAUACAGAAAGUCCAGAAUCUGGAAAAUGAAAGAAAAUAAAUAUACAAAAAGCCUCGCCAAGAGUCAGGUCUGUGCGAGAUAUUCGGAAAAACGUCUUACCCAAAUUUGUAAAGGUUUGGAAACGCCAUGUUGGUGUCCCUUUGCGAGGCACAAAUAUGGCCGCCGGAAACCAACAGAAACAUCCUUUCCUCCUUAUGCGUGAAUUCAUCAGUUGAGGAACUCAUAAAGGUUUAAGUAAUAUUUUCUCUAACACAAGGAAUGUUUAGAUAGCAAAAUCUCCAAAAAUCAGUGACGUUUUAAAUCCACAUAAGAGCUUUCCAGGCUGCGAGCUAAAUGCCGUGUCACGUAAAAGCCUGGAAAUUCAAACGUCUUCUAUCGCAAAACGAAGAAUCUUGUGGAACAGAAAAUUUGCGUGAUCAUAGGUUUUUAGGUGCUGUAAUACCUCAUGAAGGUAGAAACUCAGAAGACUCGAUAGUUCAGUUCUUAGUUUGAAUUUUAGUUACGUCAUGUGAAAACCCCUAAUAGGAAUGAACAAAGCCUUAAGACGAGCGACACCUUUGUAAAGAGUACUGCACCACUGUAGGGUGGGUGGGUGUUAGCAAUUUUAGCGGGGCGUUUAACACUUCGAACCUUGGAAGUUUCGGCUCAAGCCUUAUCAUAACUUUGCUUUCUAAAACAAGUUGCCUUGUUUUGUGUCUUCACCUCGUUUAGCUCAAUGUGUUAUGGGUUAGAAAGGCUCUUUUAAUAAAGGCCAGAGUGGAUUCUAUACAAGACUUUCAAUCACUACAUUGUUGUCUGUUUUGUAUCCACAGACUUUUCCUGGGAACAGAGACAGCUAUUCCAUUCAACGAAACGAGGUUGCAUUACCCGUUGUUGCAAAUUCAAUCAUGAUCAUGGAAAUGUCACGACAUAAUAACUUUGCUAUGCGGAUGGAAUUAUACGGCUGCGAGCCAGGUUAGUCAUAUUUUUUUUAAUCGUCGGUCUAGGGAUUUUGUCUUGAUAAGGAUUUGGCUGGGGUUGCAUAACAUACUAAUAUAGGGAAUAUAUCAAGUGCAGAUGUCCGGAGUUUGCCACUCUAAUGUGACCGAGUGUGGCAGUUAACGAUCAACAUGUGCUCGGUCGAACAGAAACAUAACAAAAAAAAAAUCGCCCUAGGGUUGAGUUUGCUUUUUCCAGUUUCACAAUUUUGUGAUUGAAUAGAUUAUUCAACUUUUGCUAUGGGUUUCAGGGAUCACUUAAAAGAGAAAAACUGAAGAUCUCCUUAUAGUAAAUCGCCGGUUUUUACAGUUCAUGCUGAUUUUUUUGCCCCGCUAAUCCUCUGGAUUAGUAGCGGGUAAGAAAAAUGCGGUUUGUACGAAAACCUGUUAUUAUUUACUCAGGCAAUGAAUUUUACCACAGGGCGUCCAGUUUCAAACAGAUUCCUCGAAAUCAUGAUAUAACGAUUGUGUGGGAAUUUAUAAUGAGUUCGAUAAAACAGUAAAAGUGUAAAAAAUAAACAGCCGUUAUAGUGUACUAAUCUCUUAAAGAGAUGUCUUUGCCCUCGUUUACAAAAUAGCCGAGGUUUAAACCGACAACCUGUGGUUUUCCCGCCACUUCUUUGGAAACAAUUUAGAGGUUUCCCCUGGAUACCCUCGUGAAUAUCGUUUUGUAUGAGUUGAUUUUUCCCUUGUCCAUCCCCGUCGAUGUUGAUUUUGAUCAGGCGGGGUGGCUACUAAGCCAAGAGCGAUUUCGAAGGAAGGCCCAAGGACGAAUUUCAGAAUUUCUUUUCUUCAGUUUGUUAUAUUUCUCGUUUUCUUGAGGCCAUGGCACAAUAUAUGGAACUGAUUGACGUUUUUUUAGAGAGGAAAACCUUCAGUUUACGCUCAGGCGAAAAUUUUUGAGCGAUUGGAGCCGCCCGAAGACAGUUCAAAGCUGAAGCGUCUCUUGCAUUCUUCUUAGUAGAGAAAAAAAAAAACCCAGAUCUUCAAAACUUACUAAAACGGUAUUGAUAAGGUAGGAAACAGUAAGAAAUAUCACGAAGAUAUAUCUUUUAAUAGGCAUUUUUAGUGUAAAUUUUGAUGGCCUUUUACCUUGAUUGGUGUUUUAUCUAUCAAGCUCACGAUGAAUUCUCAUACUCAUGAUGUGGCUUUGGGGUUUCUGUUAUGAGCGUGGGUACCCUGUGGAAGCGGAAACAAAAGGAGGACAAGUUCAUUGAAACGGAAAAAUAGGCAAAGACAUUGGUUCCUUCUGUUCCUUCUGAGGCAGCAGUUACGUACAACAAAAGGAACAAUACAGCUAAGCAAUAAAGCCACUAGGAGAGCUCUAUUGUUUGGUUCCUUUGUUUCUUUUGCGAAGACCCUGCUGCAGCAAAUUUAAUCGUACUUUGGACAAACUUGUUUGAAUUUGUUUGGUAAGACUUCUGCAUAACCCCUUCAUUAACUAUACAUACACCCAAGGUUCAGAGAAAACAAAAGUCAGAACAAUAUUAAGCCUUUGGAUUUCAGCUGUUUUUGUUUUAAUAAGUUUUAUUUAAACCAGUGGGCCUGAAAAUCGUCUUACACUUUUAACGUCAAAACUUUCUUCACUUUGUUUACUUACGCUGUGGCUAGUGAUAUAUCUGCUGCUCGUGGUAUGAAGUGCCUUUUUAUAGUGAUGUCUUGUUUUGCUUGACAGGUUAUUAUUUUGUUGUUUGGCUGAUGAUGACGGAUUACAUUUUUAAAACCGAUUACCUGGAUAGAGAAACAGCUGACUACCAGCUUUUGACAAAAUACGUGGUGUAUGAGGUGAAUUGAAUUGUUUAUUUGUUUUAUUCACUUCUUGGUUUGAUUUGAACGUCAUGAUUGAGCAUAUUAACAAUAUGAAAUCUCUCCAGUUUUGCUUUGACCAUGACUUCCCCUUGCUGUUGCAAUGUCAGUAACUUUCAGUCUAUUCUUGGCUAGACUGACACGAAUGAUCAUAUAUGGCUACUUGGUUCAGAUCUUUUUGAGAGAUGUUUUUUUUUUACCUCACAAAAAGGAAAGAAAGGGUAGAAAUUGAGACCUUGUUAUAAUUGCAAAAUUAAUGCUUGCAUUUAGUCCUGUCUGGAGUCUAUUCGUUCCGGUAGUAAAACAGAAUCUAGCAAAACAGAACAAUAACGUUCGAAAUGAUUAAAACGUUAUGCUGAUUAUGUAUGAAUAUAUCUUUAUUUUUAUUAUUUUAGACUAAAGCUGCUCUGAAAAGUUCUCCCGGAUUUCUUUCCGCAGAGCUAGUUCGGUUUACGUAAGUGUCUACACUGUAUGUUAGCUUAGCUUUUCGUUGGUCUCACGACUGUCACUUUAUUGGCCUGACUUUAUAAUUCGCUGACUGCUAGUACGCCUGGUUGUUGAUUGGAAAUCUGGGUCGGUGCUUGAUGGUUGUUGGAGGAACCAGGUCCCUUGACCUCCCAGUUCGCGGGCCCUUUGUUCUCCAAGCACCCUGGAGACUUGUUUGGGUGGUUGCCGCUCAUGGUUACCUUCACAAUUGCUAGCGGCUCCCUCAGUUUACUCAGGCACCUUCCCCACACCCAUCUAUUGGUGAUGGGUUUAAUAGUACAAAAAAAUUCAUCUGCAAACAAACUUUCAGGGUUUAUAAUAAGUAACGAAGACCUUAAGAAAACAUAUUUCCGAUUUCAACAUCUGCAUUUAUUUAUGAAGGCUGGCCUAAGACGUUCAGAUUGAUCAUGAGGCAUUAUAGCCGCGGCUCCUUAAAUUCUUUUUAGCAGCAUAUUUUAGAAGAACUCCGUUUAGACUGUGUUUUUUUUCCCUCUAUACUUUAUCUCUGGCGCACGAAAUGUCUAUAUAGUGUUGUGACAUAGCGCGCGUGCUUGCCCCGUAUGAGUCCUAUUGAGCCGCUAUAAACUAUGAACAAAAUCUCUGUUUACGCACGCCCGUGCGUAAAUAAAGAUUUUUUUCAUGAUGACGUGUUCAGUCGUGUUUUUCGUCUCUUUUCCUAAGUACUAAGUACCCAAAAAUCUACGGCAAUGAUGAAAACCUUUCUAGCAUUUUUGGAAAUUAGCUUCUAGCCACUCAAACCAACAGCAAAAGCUGUGAAGAUGUUUCGCAAAUAAUAGAGACUGAGUCGUUGAAAAGUCUGUCGUAAAGAAUAAUCCAGCGGCUUAGCUAGCUAAUAGUGCGAUUUUGAUACAAGCGCCAAACUUUGUAGGAAUCUUUACAUUCCCAGGCUUGUCAUUUCCUGAUAUAGUGCCAACCUCAAUUUUUCAAUUCCAGCUAGUUAGCAACGAAUGAAAUUUUCGCGCCCGGGAGCCCCCGCGAAGUUAUUUUUCUUGCUCUUUUUUAGAUCGAAAGUGCCCAUAACGAAUUUUGUUUUCUUUUCUCAUCCAAAUCUACACAUCAAGCAAUGACGUUUCCGUUUAUUUUGAUUCCGACCAAAAGUGAUUUUUUUAAGUCUUCGAAAUUUGCCGCCAUUUUGUUCCACCAUUUGCAUUAAUCUCCUCUCGGUUGGACUGGAGCCGUGACGUAGGUUCAAGAACUCUUAUUCCUCUCAAGCCAAGUGAUUUGGUUGUGUCUUUCUCGAUCAUGGAAAAUAUACUGUGGAAAAUGCCUGAGAGAUGUGUUGCAGCACGUUGCAAAAGGUAGCUGACCCUAAGAAGAAUAUAUCGAUGCAUAAGAUUCCGUUCUUUGGCGAGGAAUGCCGGAUAAAGAGGAAAAGAAGAAAGGCAUGGAUCAAUGUUGUGUUGGAGAGGAGAAAGAUGUGGGUGCCGGGGAAGACGUUUUAUUUCAAAAUACCGGUACAACAAUACAGAUGUUUAAAUUUGGAUGCAUAACAUAACAUAACAUAAAACUUUAUUUAUACUCGAAUUUUAGAGUAGCUAACAAGCUAAUAUCUUCGAGCUGACACUACAUAAAAACUAUAUAGAAAAUAUAUAUAUAUACAUUAAAUGCAAGGAAAGAAAAUAUUAUUUACAAUUCACAAUUUUAAGUUUAAGUAUGUCAGGCAAAAAGAAUCUACAUGAAGGUAACAUCCUGUAUUUUAGUCUUAAAGGCUGCAAAAAAACUGGUACGAAAAAAGUCCGGCAGUGCAUUCCACUGCUUAGCUGAAAAGUAAGAAAAGGAGUUAAGACCAUAGGUAGUUUUUUUGGGUUUACUUAGUGAAAGAAUGUAGUUGCCACGAAGAUCAUAGGAAGAGGACCGGAGUGAAAACAUAUUCUUCAUAUAAGUAGGAAAAUGAGUGAAAAACAAACUCUUAUAUAACAGAAUGAGGAAAUUUUGAAUGCGUUUGUUAAACAAAGAAGUAGAGCUCACUUUUGAGAGAAGAGUGUUGUAUGGAGACGAGUAAUCUCCAGGUAUAAAUCUAAGUAUAAAUCUAAGUAUUCUUUUAUGCGAAUUUUCAUUGUUAAUCUCUCCUGCGAAUUUUCAUUGUUAAUCUCUCCUCUUCAUCGAUAUAAAUGCAGGCCAUAUUUUGGAAUUUAUCUGCACAUGCUUUUCCUCUCUUUUCUCUUGGUUGAGUUGGUUCGGAUGGUAAAAGUUUGUGCUAUCUCAUUCAAAAUAUGCAUGCAACUCGGCUUAGAAAAAAAAAAAAAAGAAAACUAUUCUAGUCAUAUAAAAGAGAAAAUCGUCGGUUAUGUUUAAAAACAAUGAAGUAAGAUAAAGGUUAAUUUGAAGACGAAGGAAACGGGUAGCUACCUCAAGCAGUUGACUGGUUUCAAUGUGUUAUUUGCCAGAGGGAAACAACUGAAAACCCUCAGUGUCCUGUUAACUGGAAACGGCACUAAUCUUACUUGUGCUGGAUAUAUUAUUUUUGAACAAGACUUAACUUCAUUUUAUGAAAUGAAAAAAUGAAAUUUACCAGUUGAACGCAGGGGAUAUGUUUUGACAUGGAAAUGGAAUUCAGCUUCCACAUUAUCAAGACGUUUGCUAUGUGGCAAUACUCUCGCCACGAUGCGUUCAACAGGACGAAACCGGAUCGCAUGAUGAAAAGAAAAAUUCCUGUAACUAAUCCACAGCAUCAAACGCACGCGGUCAAGAAUGCGUCUGUUUGCACGGAGAAGAAGGAGACAUUAAAAUGAUAGUCGUUGUAGCUAAUGUAGUAGAAAAUUUUCACUAGUCAAUCAUGAUUCGAAAUUCAGCCUUUUUUUCGCUCCGUUUUCCCCACUAUCUUGGAGCCUGACCUAGGCUCAUUUGUACUUGAAGGAAUUUUGAGUGUCCUAUGGGACAGGAAAUAUCAUACCCACACUCUUUCCAAAAGCCUUUGGUCCAUCUAACUCGACGUUUCUCCUUGUCUUCUAUGCCGUAACAGUGUGUGAUUAAUACAGCUUCCUUCUCUGCUGGUUAUAGAAUUGCCAUUAAAAGGAAGUAAUUGUUAUUAUUAAAAUAAUGAAGAAACAUAAGGGUCACUGUGCUUGUUUUUGCGGUAGAACUGCAGAUAGUGCGCACCACCUGCAUUUCUUGCGAUUUUUGAGGGAGGAUUGGGGCGAGUUUCAAAGCGGCAUGUGCGUGAAAGGUGCAAGAAAGCAUUGAAAAAUUCGUUUUUAUGGAAUUUACAUCGAGAUAAAGCAAUUAGGACACCAUGUGAUAAAGAUGAAGCUUUAAUGUCAUGAAAGUAGUGAUUCAGCACAACAUCCAUUAUCGAAGGCCUCAGUUAGGAAGUUUAACUCAGCAACACGCGUACCGCUUAGUUAAGGCACAUUUCCAACACUUUGACUCAUCUGAGCUAGAAAAAAACUGCUAUGGAAAAGUCCAAUAACGGUUUCCUUCGAUUGACGUCAUUUUAAUCAUGUUUCUGCAGAAGCUCCAUUUUCACGGCUGCCAUCUUGUUAUGUGCAGUGGGGGUGCACAUUUGGUCCGUAAUAAAAAUGUGAAAUCUAUUAGGUAACAAAGCUAUGUGCAAAGAUAUUAGUUGUAUCACAUAUAAUAAUCAAACAAACUGAAGGCACAUUAAUUUUAUUCAGUCGUUGUAGUUUAAGUUUUCUUUUGCUUACGUUGUCAUGGCAACGCACAGUUAAGGUUAAAUGGCGUGUUAUAAACAACAUGUACGUGGUAAGAAGGUUGGAUGACUGAGUGAAAUGAUACUAUGUCUUGAAAAACUAGGACAAAUAAUUUAAUGAAUUUAAUUCAUUAAAUUUUUAUCAAUUUUAAUAAAUUGUGGUUUCUAUGGAAAGAGAGGUAAUUCCGACUUGGCACUAGUAUAUCUGAAGAUGCUUGUAUUGGUGACUACUAUCAGUGUGCCAAAUUUCAUGCUUGUAUCUAAAAGAGCACAGCUCACUUAAAAUUUCUAGCUAAGCCGCCUGACUUAGAAGGACAUUCAGCUGGAAAAAGACCUCAAAUUGGUCCUUGUCGGGAAAUAUCCAAUUUGUGUAAAGUCAGUGUCCUCCGUUUUUAACUUUUGUUUAUCCUUUACAAAAUAAGUUAAAUGGCGAAAAAUUAUGCGCUUUUACUAUCGCCUAACAAUCCGACUGUAACAGGAAACUUUCUCUUGCAAUAACAAGACAAAUUACACAAGAAGACAUUAAUCUAUUACUCACAAAAACAUCUGCUGCCAGGUCUUCUCAAGAAGCCGUAAUGACCAGCCAUUGUUCGUAAGUGAAUAUAAAGUAGGAUGACAGUCGUCUUCGCUGAAAAACAAAGUUUUCUGGAUUUCGCCAAGCAAAACAUAAACAUCUUUUCGGCGAAUCCAAACCAUACUCCACGACUUCUUAUAAACAUGUGAGUAUUUCAACAUUAGGUGGACUUUAAGACUCUUUUGACUUUGUUUCUGCUUAGUUUCCAUUGAUCGUUUUAAAUAAGCAAAUUUUCUUUCUCAGUUUUACCGUAAGAAUUUUCUUUCAAAGUAGACGAUUGUGGCGCGUUUGUAACCGGCUUAUAGAAGCGUUUGUUUUUCUGUGUCGGGCGUUGCGAGAAUUUUGCAGUUAAUCAAAGAGCAAGCAUUUUUGUCAGCUAUGUUAUAAUAGAAUUUGCUCAUGCUUUUACCUGUGCGUAUAUCGAGUUAUGGAUGCACUUGGGAAGUUUGGAGAGCACUCAAGAGGCUAGAGUUGCUCUCGGCUGCGCCUCGAGAAACUCUUUAGGAACAUUCGUACUCUCCAAACUUCCCCCGAUAUCCAUAACUCGAUACACGCACGCUAAGCAUGAACAAAUUCCUAACUUAAAUACAGCCAUAUGCAACAGCGUUCUUAUUAUACAGUAAGUGGUAUCAUGGCGGCAGUAAUGAAGCGUAAGUCUUGGACUGCAGGAGGAAAGAUCUCAGCUGUUAUCGUGUAACAUGCGGAUGGGCUGGAGUUUUUUUGAAGUAGAAAAACAGAAAAAAAAAAAGAAAAAAAAGAGAACAACAGCUUUAAGUGGCACUGAAUGCCAAGGGAUAUGAACCUUGGGCCAUAGAAUAAAUUGAAGGCUAUGGCCCAUUGGGCCUAAGUCGAAUGUUUUGCAGAAUGGUGUUUAUUUACUUGACUCGCCAUCCAUUAUGUAAUACAUUUCUAUCCUAAAAAAUCGUCCCUUCUUAUCAAGCUUGCUACUGAUCUUGAUUAUCUUAGAAUAUAUGGCAAUUUAACGUGGUAAUAUGGGCUUCUGGUUUGACCGUGAAAGAAAAAUGAAAACAAAUAAUUAUUGGUAGCCGAGAGAGCUAGAGUAAAGCUGUUACUAUAUUAAAAUAUAUCACUUAUUUCACUUCCUUUCUUUCAGUCCUCAGACCAAAGGAGCGGAAAUAAAACUGACGGCAGAACUUAAGAUUGAAUGCAUAGAGGCUGGUGUACAUGACAUCACAGCUGCCCUCACAAGAUACCUAGCAAGUACAGUAGGCCUGUUUGAACAACAGUACGUUAAACUGCAAUAUGCCCGUAAGUAUGACGCUUUGGGUGUACUUUUCAGUUUUUAGCAAGCUGUUGCUGUUCCCAGGAAUUCGAGGUCCCCUUGGAUUCAAGGCGGUUUCUUCGGUUAACUUCGUAACGAACAUUUUUGUUAGUAAUGCCAUAUAGGGUGACUGGAUCCGUGGAUGAACUCGUGAAGUAGACGCCACUGAACACUGAGUGAUGUUCUCUGGUGCUAUUCAUCACGCUGCAAAAAAAAAAUGUAUACAACUUUUGAGGAAUCUUAUGUGGUGUGACCAUUCAAAUGAAGGUUACUAACACUAAUGUUGUACUGUUUAUGAUCCUGUUGAUUCCAUUAAAAGUGUAACCAUUCCAAUGAAAGCAGCUAAUAAGCAGUACGUUUUUAUCGUGCUGUACGCGUUUGCAUCAAGUUUUGAGGCUGUGAAUAAAAUCCUAAAUUUAAAAUCAUAUUCAGUGAAAGCUUCUGAGAGUGCAAAGAAUGAAAGGUUUUUUUCCUCAUCGUAUCUAUAAUAUCAUCGCAAAUUUCGGCUCUCUGAAUAAAAUCUGAUUGCCCCUGGCAUGGGAAAGAUAAUUGAGAUUUAAGCUGCCGGCAGUAAUCCCAAAUAAAGUUUUCUGUUUUUCGUUAACAGUUGAUUAUAGUUGCCGUCCCCCCAAAGUACACGUCCUCCUAGACAAGUCGCACAUCAAUGCUACAAAGAUAACAACGGUUGAUAUGUUUUUCGUUAUCGGAGAGUUUGCCCUUCGUUGCAAUACUUCCACUUCCUUUCGGCUCUCCUGGGACAGCUAUGAAGUCGAUGGUAAAAGUGGAGCUUUCAAAUUGAGCCCGUCCCUGCAAAUCGUGGGCGCUCGGAAACUUACUAUUCGACCAAAAAGUUUGCGUGCGGGGUUGUAUUUUAUACGACUGGUCGCCGAAAUGACGAAAGAGGAGGGCGCUUUGGGCUACGAUUACGGUUUUCUUCAAGUGGUGUAUCCUGAUCUUGUUGCUAAGAUACGUGGUGUGGACAUGGUGGUAAAGGGUACCAGCGAUGUUGUGUUAGAUGCAACAGAUUCCUACGACCCGGACGAUCCCGCAUCGCGGGACCAAGGCAUUACGUUUACUUGGUUGUGUCGAAGAGAAGACGAAGAUUUCUCGAACCUGGAGUCACUCCCUAUCGAUACUUCCCAUGGGAGGGAAAAAGUCCUUGGAGGGUGUUUUGGAUAUGGCGUCGGGAAGAUGAACACAACGGAACCUUUUCUAAAGAUCAGUGUAAAUAAGAUGGUCUCACAGUAUAGCUACGUAUUUGAACUUAUUGUUGAGAAACAAAAACGAAGUUCCACUGCAAGUCAUAUACUGCGGGUAGAGUCUUCUAUUGCAUUUUCUAUCAGGUAAAUAGUUUUUCUUUGACUAUCACUAAUACUCAUGAAAUUUGCAUCAGUUAGUUAAAAUUGGUAUUCAGAAAGAAAUUUCAUUCGAUUAAUUGAACGUCAGUCAACUAUUCACAUUUUCACCACUAAACGAUUUUUUAGCGAACUUUUUUGUGUUUUAGAGCAAGGACACAAAAUCUGAUUGCAUUCUCAAUUUUAAACUUGCAUGGUUGCUUUUUUCCCCGGAUCUUAAAACCAGCCUUUUAAUCUACUUUAAGUUAUAUACUUUGCAAUACUGAAACAUUCUAGACCUUCUAUACUGUCAACCAUGUUGGUUAAAACAGUGAAAAAAACGUCGACAGGUGUGCGUCGUACAAGACGUCAGUCAUGCGUCUCUUCGUUCACAGAUCAUUGGUAACGACCAACUAAAUUUCGCGUGGACUUCAGCAUUUUUAAUAUACUUUCAAUUUGACUCAGUUAUUCAUGGAGGCUCAGUCUAUGCCUCGCGUAACGGUAAAUGGCAGAUGUCAGAUAUGAGACCACGUGACUCUUUUCCCGCUCUUUUUCAGUAAUGCUCGUCGUUUGUCGCUGGCCGGUUACAAAGUCAAGAUGAGUUUUCUUAUUUAUGUAAAACGUAAAGAGAAAGAACUUAACUUUUUUAACGGAUGCAAUCGCUUGAGGAUCUCUCCUGUUUGCCGUUACGCUCUUUCUGAAUAGCUUUUGAUGUUUACUCUUAACAGAUGUAAAAGAAACUGCGGCUCCAAGGUGACCGCAAAUAAGCGCAUGAUAAUUGAGUCUGAAUGCAAGGGCGUGUCGUGCCAAGCGAUCCAAAAAUACAACUGGACGCUUUUCAAGUUCCAUGUCUUUGCCGAGAACGAAACGUGGGUGCAAGAAACAGACUUGGAGAACAGGAUCCUUACAGAACCGGAUAGCUCGAGUCUGGUGUUUAAAGGUAGUUUUCCAAAAUAUAGCACUAAUGGAACUUAAAUUGAUCACUUUGGCAGAAGUCUCUCAAUAGCCCUCAGUGCUGUAUCUUUUUACUAGGAAUCUUACUGUUUAAAGUAUUUUGGCUGACAGAAAAUAACAUUCUGUAGGACACUUCUGGGCCCCUACUAAAAUGAGAUAAAGCUAGUGGCCCUCAGCAGAAAAUAUAUUUUAGUCACAGAAAUAUUUUUGGCGUAGUUUUUUGAAGUUGUAAACCUUCUAUUAUCACCAAGGGCUGCUUUGUGGUCACCCUAACCUUGAAUUUUUACAGAGUUUUUUUUAGCAUAUUUGAUAAUAUCCACAGAAUAACGUUUCUUUCGAAUUUCGUUUUAAGGUGCGCGCAAACGGACGUAGCAACUCUCAAACGUUUUUGCAGCGAUGUGCAAACGAAUGCAACAACUCCCUACAAUGUUGGGUUCUGGAGUGCAUCGUGGGAAGGAUACAACCCAUAAGACUUUGGAGACCAUGGAUGACCAUGUGCAGGGCCACGUGUAUUGCGCGCGCGCGUGGCCCCAGGAAUGUUGGAAGAGCGGCGCAAAUGGAUCCAACAUUGUUGCGCUACGUUUCGGUGAUCACAGAACAAAAGAAAUGUUGGGAGUCGUUGGCUCAACAGUUUGACCGGUUUCAAACUUUGCACAACAACUCCAAACAACACGCAACAACUUGCAACAGGAUGCGCCAACGGACGCAACAUGCAGCAUUCAACAAUGUUGCAUCCGUUUGCACCGGUCUUUACCUCCCCGCUAGCUAAGCGAUAUAAUCCCUAUAAUCCCUUAUAGGAAAGCUCAACGAUUGGGAGAAUUCAUUGGCGGAUAACACCAAGUACAGACUGAGAGCAUCUGUGCACCUUGAUGAUGACACAGUUGAGGAGAGUGAGAUCUUCUUUAAGACUAAUUCUCCGCCAGUGUAUAAUAAUUCUGACGAAAUGGCCGGCUGCUCAGUGACCCCUGAAAUUGGACACGCGGUUACAACGGAGUUUACUAUUUCCUGCCGGGGAUUCAAGGAUGAAGAUAUGCCACUAAGCUAUGAGUUUAGGUAUGUUUGCAGAGAAUUGCACGUUCAUUUUGAGUUGCUGGUCAGAAAAGCGUAAAAGAGAUGUAUUCUUCUAGAUUAGAUACAAAUAAAAAAAUGUGAUUUUUUUGUGCUGUUUACUGAAUUUAAGCGACUUCCUGAAACGCAAAGUAAUAACAUAAAAAUUACGGCCUUUAUUCUGGGGCACCCAACGACAGUGUUCUGUAAAAUACCUGUUCGCAGAAGCUAAAAUUUUCUAUUCCUUGGCAAAGUUCUUCUUCCCUACGGUUUUCUGAAGUUUAAUAUUUCGCAUUUCACUCCCCAGAUUAAGGUAUUUUCCGAAGAAAAAGGAAACCUAAAAUUUUCGGAUUCGUAAAUGCGAUAGAAAUAGGAAUCAGAAAAAAAUUCUCACUUUCGUGAAACUUCAAGUUGCAUCCAAAAUUUUCCGGAAAAUAAUAUUGAGGCCAUGGUAAUUUCGAAAAGACCACAAGUUGCACUAAGAUCACGAACAAAUAUACAUUUUGUAGCGCCGAUUUGAAUUUAUUUCCAAAGAUCUAAAAGUACUCUCUGGAUAGACUAAAAAGAGUUUUCAAUGCAUUUAGGAGGAAACCGUCGUUGGGUGCCCCUUUCAAAUCUUUUUUGUUAGCAACUGAUCAUGACAUCUUGCAAAUCUUAACUGUACCACGGGUACCUAAGCAGGCUUAAAAAGACCCAACAUUUGUUAACCUCGUUUUUCAUUUUUCUCCUUUUGGAUCUGUAGCUAUCACACGAACACGGGUGCUGUUGUCAUACAGAAAGGCAGUUCAAGCAGCACUACUACCAGGCUUCCUCUUGGUGAUCUGCUUGAUUACGUCAUUGCCCUGGAAAUUCAGAUCAUCGACUCACUAGGGGCUGCUUGUAUGGACGUCCUUUUAGUUAACGUAGGUUUUAUUCUAGCAUAAAAUAAAUAAAAUAAUUAAUUAUUAGACCAAUACAUUAUUGACAGUGGAAAGAAAUUUCAACUCCUGAUAUAGCUUUGCUUUAAACCAAUGCCGCAGCUACAUCAGUCUGUUUAUUCUAUAACUACCAACGAAAUACUAGGAGAGUUUUUACGGGAAAACACGAUAUCUUAAUCUUCACGCGUGAAUAGAUCAGCGUUGCUAUGAUUACAUGAUCAAUCGCGCCUUUCGUAACCAGAAAAAUAUAACUGAAAUAGUUGGUAUUUCAUUGGUGUUGAUAUAAUAAAUAGAAAAUUACAUGGCCGCUUGCAUGGGAACACUCGAGUUAAAAAAUUUUGCAACACUCGAAGAUAAAUUUCUUAACUCUGCGCGUCCAUGUAAUAUUCUAUUCAAAUUUGAGUUUCAUGCUGUGAUGGAACAGGACAGUGAAAAGAUUGUCAAGCAUAUCCCAUCAAACAAAGCGCCCGGGCAUGAUAGAGUAUCUGCUAGAGUGCUUAAAGACAGUCUACCAGCCACGCUACCUGUCAUUACUAAUCUGAUUAAUUCUUCGUUCGCAUCGAAAUGCUUUGCGCAGGCGUGGAAGUCUGCAGUGGUCAUCCCAAACCUCAAGUCCGGCGAUCCUGAUGAGCCCGAAAACACCCGCCCUAUAUCCCCUCUACCUGUAAUGUCAAAGGUAUGCGAGAGGGCUGCUCACACGUAGUUUAUGGACUUUUUGGAUAAACAUAGCGAGAUAUCCGGCUUACAGGGUGGAAAAAGAAAGUUCCACAUCACUGAAACCGCCUUACUUCACUACACGGACCAGCUCCUUGUGCUGCUCGACAUGUCUAAAGCUUUCGACAGCAUCCAACAUGACAACUUAUUAUCAAAACUGCACGUACUGGUUGUGUCGGCCUCCACGCUAUCCUGGUUCAAGAGUCAUCUAUCAUUACACAAGCAAGUGGUCAGGAUUGGCAGUGACCUAUCAGCACUAGAAAUAUGUCACAGUUAAAUCUACCUAAAUGCAGCCUGCAUUUAGGUAGAUUGUCAACUGGUCAACGUUCUUUCGCCUUUCUUGGGGCAAAAGAAUACAACCUACUCCCAGAAAACAUUCGGAACUUAAACAAUAUGUCAAGUUUUAAAAGGAGAGACGCCGCUCAUUUUCUUGGAAACUCUUCUUAAAUAGAUUGAAUCACAUUUUUCAUGACUGUAUAUAACAGUCGUGUAAAUAUUUCUUGUUGUAACAGAUGUAAACAUUUUUGCCCAUUGUAAUUUUAUUAUUGUAUAUUUUGUUAUUAUUGUACAUUACGACAUAAUAGCCCCGUAUAGAGGAGUCGUAAUAAAGUGUAUGUUAUGUCUUUCUCUUCUUAUUCGGGUUCAACCUUUCCGUAGGUUGAACCAAUGCCCGCUGAAGAUGUCACUGACACAUUGAUUAGUAUGACAAGUGGGGAGAAAAGCCCCCUUGGUAAUCUGAUUCAGUCUGGUGACGUAGACAAGGCGGCUCAGAUGGCAUACGCAGUACUGUCCAUGGUAGAUAAGAGCGAGGGAGAGAUGAACAGCAAAGACAAAAUAUCGGUAAGCUAACUUAUUUGAUAAAUUUCUAGACUUUUUGCCUCCUUAACAGUGUCUCUAAGGAGACACUGUUCUUUUGUUUUAUUUUAUCAUGUGCAAACUACAAAGGAAUCCUCAUUCCAAAACGAUGCUUAACAACAGCAUAAAAGAAUAGAAAGUAACAUGAGAAAGGUCUAUUCUUAACCGUUUAUUCAUGACCAGACGUGUAUAAAAACUAAAAACAAAGGAUAAGUAAACCAUGACUUAAUAUAAUAUUAAGAAAUUAUAGGAUCGCUCACAUGGCAUGAGAAGGUUAAAAGUCCCGGGCCAAAGUAAUUCUUUUUUAGUUAAAGAGUACCUUUGGUUAAGGCUCUUGAGUUUUUUUUUUUUUUAAGAUACCUUGUAAGAUAAGUGAAGGUUUGGACUAUUUUUAGUUUAUUAGUUGUCAAUUCUGAUAGAAAGUAAAGAAAAAAUAGCUGUGCCAAAGAAUGAGGCUUGACCACAACUACAAAGUCAAAUAACUAAAAAAAGGCAGGGAUAUUUUAAUAAUGUCUUUUCUAUUAUUCAUUCAAAGUAUUUCUCCUUUUCUGUCAUAUUUGAAAAAAUGUGGGCAGUAUACAUUCAUUGACGUCAAGCACUCUAACGUCAAUGAUUGCCUCUUGACUAAUAUACAAUUUAUGCACACCAAUUUGCAAGUCUACGAGGAGCUAACGAUGCCUUAAGAACUUGAGGAACGACCGUAACUACCCGAGGCUCAAGGUUCGCUCAUUCCCUCCCCCUCUCCUUCAGUUAUUUAUUUUACGAGUAUUUAAAGCUAUUAGAAAGGCAAUAAAACAAUUUAAUUUUUAUCAUCACGUUGUUGGGCAUUGUGGCGCAUUUUGCGGGUUGAAAUGGAGAAUUUGGCGGGUGAAAAUGCAUUUUAGCCCGCUGAAAUAAACCAAUGAAAAGAGAAGAUCAAACAGUCAUACGAUAUAUGCAACCAAUCAAAAUCGAGAAGCCAUGAUUGUAAUAUUCGCGUUGCCCUUAUGCUAGUCUGCUACACAGUCUUCUUUUGGCGCAACGCUCUGUGGGAAGGAGCGUUGCGUGACGACACUAAAAACGGCUGUGUAGCAGACCACCUUUACACUGCCAUUUUCAAAGAUCAAAUCAUGGCUGAAAACACAGAAAACAACAAACAAUUUGAGCUAGAGGAAGAAGAUCUAAAAAUGAUUAGAAAAACCUCUGAUGUAAACACCCAUAGGAGCUCCAUAGUGGGCGACGAAGUGCAUGUAGAUUUUGUAGCUUCAAGCCAUUAACGCACUCAGUUGAACCAAUUAUGCCAAAAUGUUAGUUUAACAUUUGUGCAAAUGUGCAUUUAAUUUUAACUCUUACAAAUGAGCUUUCUUGUCUAUUGUAAUUUUUACAAACUUAAAUGGCACGAUACUGUGUAAUUUCUAGCCAGUUUCGGGUAAAAAUAAAAGGCAUUCAACAUGUAAAUACUAACGUGAUUUGAUUCAGAAUGCCUUGUUUUCAUCUUAUAAACUCGGCUUUAUUUUCUCAUUGCCCUCCAAAGUGAUAAUAAUAGUUGUGGAGUUUAUGUUGUUGGGCAUAAAUAUAUAUGUUUUUGGCCCUAAUCUCAGAGCUCAUUUUAACACUCGCCUAGCGGCUCGGGCUAAAAUGAGUUUGAGUCAGGCUUGAAAUAUAUUUAUGCCCCCAAACAUAAACUCUAUGGGACGGUUAUUUAAACGGAGUUUAACCAGUGUUUAACCGCUUUGUAAGUCACUUUCAGUUUGCCUAGCGCUUUCAUCUAAACACCAUUUGUCAUUAAGAGUUUCAUUAAAGCAUAUAGUAUAGACUAGAACAGCAUUUAUCUUCUUGAAUUUAACCCACUAAGGAGGAGAUCUGAAAAUCCAAAGGUUUCUUAAACCGCGUUCUAAGACUUCGUUUAAAUAAUCGACCCUUUAUCUUUAUUACCGUUAAACAAAUAAAACGAUUACUACUGAAUUUCGGCUUUCAUUUGAGGUGGAGAAUUAUGCAGAUUUCGGAGGUUUUCAUCCACCUCAGCUUUCGGCGUCGAUGGAUAACACACUUCUUGAUCAACAUAAUUCUCCAUAUCAUGCUCAGCCUUAUUCAAUAAUUGAUAAAUAUAGAAGGUAUGAAGCUAAGUAACCAUACAAUUUAAACGUUAAAUUGUUCUAACCACAUUUUAAAGAUUACAGGUAACGUAAAGAAGCUAAACUAACAUUAUAUUUAAUCCAUCCUCUGUGUGCACGACGGUAACCAGCACGCUCACUUUUUUCAGACAGUAUAUUUAACCAUAGUCAUCCUACGUGUGCUUAAUCCGCAUCAUAUAAAAGUCGGUAGCUUUACCACAACUUGCUCUAUUAUUCGUUGUUCAUGAUGAAAAGCUUGCAAUUGCAAAGACAUUCCUUUUUCUUCUGUCUCAUUUUGUUUGUCUUUCUCAACAAGUUUGCCGGUUCUUUGCUUAAAGGUUUUUCCCCGAGAGGUUUUUCAAGUUCUCGAGCUUGCUUUUUCUCGGUCAUUCAGCGAUGAGUUUCAUUUGUCAAGCUUUAUCUGUUUCUGCUGUUGUCAGAAGGGCCUAUCCGUUUUUUUUUCUCUCACCAAUAAUUAUAACUGUCAGCAUGUCUUCAUCAUAAUAACAAAAUUAAGAUAAAUUUGGUUUCGUCGACAACUGUUGCCAUUUUCGCAGAAUUGUGCACCUAUUGCGCGGCAGUGAGUUUGCAUCAAGAUUGUAAAAUUAAGUGAACCAACCGAACGGGAUUUAAGAUUGACUGCUGCCGACUAGACAUCGAUGUAUCCCCAAGUAAGCCCUUGUGUUUUGUUCUGCUUUGAAGUGUUGUGGUUGUCAUGCAAGAAAAUCUCAGAAGCGUUACUUGCUGACUCAGCCUCAGUCGCCCUAUCUUCUUGCCUCAAGAAUCUGGAUAAGUUGAAUUAAAAGUGAGAUCUAGAGCGAAACCGUAGUCGGGCAGGAGAAACAACAACAAACAAACAAACACAAAAAACAGGAGCGACAACAACUGGCGCACUCUUAGAAGGCACGAUAAUGAUUCCUCGCUGAAGACGUACGUUCCGAUUCAGCUAUAACUGCACUAGUUAAUAUUCAUGUAAAAUCAACUUUAACUUGACUUUAUUGGCAUAUUUGCAUGAUAAACCAUAAGCGGACACGAUCAAGUCACUACUCGGCACUGUGAGCACUAUCACGAUUGUUAACGUCACCGUAUUCACGACUAAUUAUCGACCAUUUUAUACAAAUCUACAUGCUUUUAACUCACAGAUUGCAGUGGUAAGAAAGAUCUUACGCUCAAAGUUUAAUGUCACCAAGACAACGGUCCGUAAUGUAAGUACGCAUCACCACACAUGCGCCACUUUAAAAUAAUUGUCAUUUUUGUUUAGUUUUCUUCACGUUAGUUUUUUCUCUUUCAUUUAUUUUCGUAUUACAUGUCAUAUUGUGUUGGUAACUGUGAUGUGAUGCCAAGAUACCUGUAACAGUUAAGGGAAAAGUAGUCGGUCUUUUGUACUGUGUUUUGGGUAGGAAUUUUUUUGUAUGUGUUUAACGUAAAUAUUCAUUUGUCAGUAAUUCAUUUUCAUUCAAACUGCCGUUUUUGUUUACUUCCUUUCUCGCUGUUCAGACACUAAAGUUAAAUCAUAUCAAGAACAACAACAUCAACAACCACAACAACAACAACAACAACAACAACGCUAGGAAUAAGUGACAAGCCCUGGCUUCAUAAUACAAACAACUGCAAGACUCUUACUUGAAAAAAGUGUUCAUGAAAUCACUUGCCUGUAAUUUUAUUUAAGCUCAAAGACUGCUUGACAAUUAUUAUCUAUAUCAACGAAAAUAACAGACUAACCACGCAUGCGGACCUCGAAUGGAUUUUUAAUAAAAUAAAGCGAAUAAAAAGUAUAGAGAAAAACAUUACAAUUUGAUUUUAUUGAGAAUUAAUAACAUUUUUUAAACGAUGCUAAACUGUUUCUUAAUUUUUCUGUAGUAUUCACUGACACCUAAGGAAUCGAAAUUUUUGAAAAAUUCCUUAAACCUCGUCAUUUGUUCUUGCGAGGAAGGCAUUAAUUUAAACAAUAUCUCUCACACACCCUAACUUGUUUACAGAUGGCUCUUCGAGAAGGUUUUUUAGGUGCUAAUAGUUUGAAGGAAGGUAUGUGCCGCAUCCUUUUUUGCGCAAGAACAAGCCUGGUAAAGUUGUCCUGGCCGGCCAGGUGAUAUUCAGUUGAAGUGAUUUAUUAACAAUUGUUUGCUGAAGGGUUAGUUAAUAUUGUUAAAUAUUCGUCUCGGGAAUUAUUCAACAAUAUUAACUGAGCCUAAGGUGAAUAAUUGUUUUAGUAUAUUCACACGAAGUGAUCUCGACAGAGUCAGAAAGGAAACCAUUUAAAAAACCCAUUAUAUUAGGUCGAUUGACGGGUGCAUGAACUCAUGCGUGAACACAUGAAACCGUAAACAGCAGAUGCGCAAAAGUUAGAUCUUUAUAGUAUCUUCCAACAUGGCAAAUCAUAGUUUUAAUCUUUUUUAAAACUGUAGCGUCAAUGGUUUUAAAGAAAACGUCGAAAGUUGAAAUUACUAUCCCUUCUAAGAAGAAACGUAGAGCUUUAUUUGUUUCUGUCAACUCACCGUGAACGAGAGAGUUUUUUUGUCGCUUCUUCAACGCUAUCAACAGCGUCUACGAUCGACGUGAGCGUUGUUUAUAUAUCUGCAGUGUUCUUUGCCUUGUUAACUUGCUGGCACGUACAAUUUUGGAAAAUAUUUGCCUUCCUCUUUUCUCCAUAUUAACUUCUAUUUAAAGGCAAAAUUGGUCCUGCGAGGAAAUCCCGAGUUCACAAAACAGUGACAAAGCGGCCUCGUUUUCCUCUGUAGUGGUAAACAUUUCUCCGAGAGUACAAAAAGUCAGCUACAGUAAGUCACUUCACAAUAAAUCACGCUGUUUUAACACCAUGAAGUCUUUUCUUACCUUCAAAAUCAUCAACACUAAGGUAUUCUUGUAUUUUCAAAAAGUUCUUACUCUGAAACUUUGGCAAAACACCCAGUUCACGACAGUGAUUCUGUUCUGCUUUAUACACCGAAUGCAAAUAUGGCGGACCUCUCGGCCGGCCCGGGUCUAGUUGCGCGAAAGUGAGGCUAGUGAGGCCUCAACAGUUUUGUUUUGACUGCGCAUCUUAGCGAUUGAGUCGAUCGAUAUGGUUUGCUUCGAGUUGUUGCAUGCCUGAGGGCCACCAAAGUGAAGAUUUUACUCCACCCGGAAUAGCCUUUACUUUCCCAAGAUCUUUUCACAAAGAAAGUUAAGGAUUCAUGCGAUUCGGCGCGGCGAUGGGAAGCACUUAACAGCGAAAGUGUGCUCGCUUCACUUGCUUUAGAUGAGAGGACUCACGAAAGUAUUUGAAUGAAAUAAUUUUCACAAGAGAUGGUGCUGUUCCAAGAUGUUUGCAUGGUCUGUUAUUUAUCCAACAAAAGGUAAACAUUCUCGAGAAUGGGAGCAUCCGCUGUGGACUGUAAGAUCUUUUAGAUUUCACGCUGAAAACAGCUGCAUUAAAAUAUAACAACAACAAUAACAAUCGCCUGUUAAUCCUACAAGCAUGGUCUGUGAAACUAUGUAAGAACCAGAAGAAAGCGACAUAUUUCAAGAAGAGUCCUUGACCAAAGUGCACUGAAAAAAACUAACAGAGGAACCGUUGCCAGCUAAGAAAGUAAGAAGAAGGAAAAAGGUUCUGGCAGAGAAAGAGCGUGCAAGUAUUCGAGCAUUGUAUUUGAUCUUGCGCAUGAUCUAUUUUAGCAACUUGUCGAAUGGUUUCGAGAUAAACUAACAGCGAUUUUCCAAAAAUUGCUUUUUUUAUGGCACUGCUCAAACUCUUGAACACAGGAUCGUGAAGACUGUGAAAACAUUCGGCCUUGUUGUCUGUCGUUGUGUCCCUGAGAGCGCCUAAAGACUAAUAAGUUGCAACGGCAGAUUCACUCGUUCUCGAAGAUAUUUACCUUUCCUUGGUAAGAGAACGGACAAAGCAAACUUGAAACAGAACCAUGAAUCUUUCAGUUAUUCACCCAUUCUAAUAGUUUCGUGAGUCUUCUCUUCUGAAAUAAAGCGAACACACUUUCGUUCUGUUAACUCCGUGAUAGUAAAGUGCCUCCUUUCGCCGCGCCGAAUCACUUGAAUCCAUUUCUUUCUUCGUAAAGAACCUUGGCAAAGCAAAGAUAAUCAACUGUCAUCUCUGCUGGAGUUAAAUCUCCUCUUUGAUGGCUCUUAUGCACGUAACAACUCGAAGGAAACUAUAUUGAUCGACUGAAUCGCUGAGACGCGCAGUCAAAACAAAACUCUCGAGGGCUCACUAGCCUCGCUUUCGCGCAACUAGACCCGGGCCGACCGAGAGAUCCGCCAUAUUUGCAUUCGCUGUAUGUUCACCACCUAACGAGGUGAAUAGAACGUCAUAGUCCGAGAUCGCAAAUCAAUCAGAUUGCUUGAAUCACUAAGAUCACUGAGUGUGUAUAUACUAAUCACGGAUAAAAAUGCUGCUCUUAUGACGUUAAGGUUAUCGCUGGGUUUACUUUCAGCUGAAAGACUCCAUUAUCAACCAGAUGGCCGCCGUCAAGGUGACCAGCCUUGAACAAGUCACACAGAUGGCAGCAGUAGUCGCCAUAGCAACAGAGCAGAAGGAUGAAAUUUCUCAAAGUUCACAGGUAUCUGAAUCCUCCAAAAUGGCCUACUCAAGUGUUACAGUGGCCCUUUUUUUACUAGUGGUGACUGAAGAAAUUGAUGACACCUUUCUAUCCGUCGGUUAGUUCAAAAGGAUAGUCAAAAACGAACAAAUAAACAAAAACAAGUGACCUGUAACAAAGGAGUCUGACGUGCUUCGUAGCAAGGGCACUUGCAUGGGAAUUUAAGGGUUACGUUUUCAAGAACCAACAUUUGUGUCCUACAAUUUUGCAGGAGAACGCGGUCAAUCUUCUAGAAGACACGGCGGACUUUGUUUCAUCCCAGCUAAACUCAGGCACUACCGAUCCAGGUGUUUUGCAAGACGUAGGUGCCAGCCUCCUUCAUGGCAUUUCAAACGUUAUAAGUGCAACGUCGAGUAAAGCUGAAAAGGGAAAGGAUGAUGAGGAAACGGAUGAGGAAAAGCAGCCUGGGAAUGAGGAAGGUGAACAGCAACUGGAAAAGGAGAAGGAAAAGACGAAAGCUGAAAAAGAAAAGGUAUCUAUUUACUUAUUUGAAGCACUCCCAUGAGGAAAAAUGGACCAAAAAAAUUUUGGAUCAAAAUUUGGGCAUAGCAAUACAACUCUACUAUAAAAUUGCGUCGUUAUAUAAAAAAGUUAGUGAAAAAGGUAAAAGUUUUAAAAAAAAGCUACCACACAGCCAGUUGAAUGCAAACUAUUUUAUUCUAUAAAACGGUUUUAUUACCUUGUGUCUUUAGAGUAAAAAGAUGGCGGAGAAAACGUUAAAGCUGAUGGACAAGGUUGGCUCCAGCCUUUUGGGUACGAAGGCUGUUGGUGAAAAGCCCAGCGUGUUUUCAACUAAAUCCCUAAGUAUGACGUUGGACAGACAGGUUCCAUCAAAGAUUGGCAACAAAAAGCUGAGUGACGGACAGGGGGACGGGGGCGUUGAGUUACCUUCAGCUGCUACUCUGUUUGGAGACAAGGCUAGCCAUCUUCCUUCGGUUGAUUCACAGGUACUGAACAUGCAAUAUUAGACCGCAAGUAGACGACUCGUAAUGAAAUUUUAAAUUAUUAUUUUUACUAAUGUGAACUUCAGUUUUUUAUGCGUUUUGAGUCGCCUUGGCCUAGUGGUUCGUACUAUGUCGGUGGUAGUUUGAAGCCUUGUUGCCACUGUCUUUGUAAUUUGGGUAGUUGAGAAACUAUGGCCCUUGCUGCUUCUCAGUCUCCUUUUAAAUACAUCAGGGGGUUUGGCACUACAAUACUAUCAUCAACUAGCAUGCAAUCCAGUGGGCUGGUAGCUGCUUCUCAAAAAAAUUUUCGAUUUUUCUAGAUGCUGGCGUUUAAGGACAAUCCCUACACAUGGGACGCAACUUCCAAAAGCAUUAAGUCCUCAGUAAUCGAUUUUUCGUUAAAAGCCGCGGAUGGAGAAACAUUGGAAGUGUCUGGACUUUCAAAACCAGUGGAACUUUUUAUACCUCAGAAGAAAAGACGUGAAGAUAAGGGCAACAGUACCAACACUACCAAACCAGUGUACUUUGCAAAGCCAAGCGAUGGUGAAAAUAACUUGAGGUAAACGAAGGAAAUGUGUUUUUCCACGUUUUAGAUUAUUACUUGUUUAAUUUAAAUAAGGGAUUGGAAACCUGUGUUCUAAAUUGCAUCUAUCUAACCAGUGGUUUGCCCUGAAAUUUCAUACAACCUCCUGUUCGAUUUCGGGGACUAGACUAUUUAAAGUUUAAACACUAGUUGAUGAUUGGGGAGCCAAAUGUUGAUCUCAAAAGCCUAUGCUCAGUAGCAUAAACAUAGUGGGGCCACUUAAAAUCGCCUCAGCCCAAACUCUAACACCGACUAUAAACGUAUUUGAAAAGGACAUUUCUUCUCUUUAAUCAGGUACCACCAAGUUGUAAUCCCAUCGAAGAGUUUGUCAGUGUUCAUUGAAAUCAAACCAGAGGAGGGUAAAUCCCUUGAAGUGUACGUAAGCUACAAAAAGCGUCAAACAGUCGAACAUUACAGUUUCAGUGCCAUCAUCCCAGAUAUUAAAUACUGCAAAGAUAAUGGGACUGGACUAAACUGUAGUGAGGAGGCUUACGUAUUUGUAAUAAGCAGCGCAGUCACAGGCCACAUUGGUGUCCACUAUAUCGCGAUAAGAUACCCUGAGCUGGAAACAGAAUCUGCUAGUACCGGAUUCUCAGAGAUGGAAGUUGACGAAGUCGAUCUUCGGGUUAGAAGGGACUGUGGAAGUCACGGAGGCAGGCAGAAACGUUCUUGCAUUGGCGUUAAAGAUCCCCCAACGACCCCUCCCCCCACUCCUAGGAUUGUUAUUCCACAGUAUGACAAUAGCACAGACGUGAACUACACUUUGUCUGUGACGGCGGCAAAUUGUUUAUACUGGUCAGAAAACAGGCAGGCAUGGACAGGUGAUGGAUGUACGGUAUGUAUAUAUGUGUGAAAGUAGAGGAAACUAUUCUUGCUAGCUGCAGUCCCGUGGUGUUAGUUGAGACUCGUUUUUCAGUAAAUUUUCGUAUAUUUCUAGACCUCGUCUCUUUGUGUUGUAACUAUAUAUAUUUUCAUACAUGAUGUAAAACUUUCUUAAGGCCCCAUUGAAAAUAUUUACCCCUUUUUACCUCAUGACUAUUAUUUUUUUAUAUAAAGUUUAUAUAAAGCUUGCAUAAGGAUUUUGAGAAGAAGGAAGGGUGUUUGAAAGUGACGGACAAAAUGACUGUCCUUGAUGGUGACUAAACCCUAUUCAUAGAUGAAUGGCUUAAGUUGUUAUCAUUCACAACAGGUUGGUCCAAAGACGGUACCCGACAACCUCCACUGUCUAUGCACUCAUUUGUCCGCGUUUGGUGGGGAUUUUUUUGUUGCUCCAAACCCCAUCGAUUUUGACAAGGUUUGGGCUGAGUUUGGUAACCUGGCAGAGUCCGGAAACUUUGUCGUUCUCGCCACUGUUUGUUCCAUAUUUGGACUCUAUUUUGUUGGGUUGGUUUUCGCUAGAAAAGCUGACAGAAAGGACGAAAUGAAGGUACGUUUGAUCUUAUUUUCCCUAUGUACCAACCGCUGGAGAAAAAAUGGAUUUGCACAAAUUUGUUCUUAGCAAAUACUUGUAUAUCGCAAAAAUGCAAAAAGUGAGGAGUACAUCCGGGGCAAACAGGGUAAUGGCACAUUUGCCGUACCUAUGUACACCCCGUAUAAAAUGGUAUGCAAAUGUGGCAUUAAUCAUCUUUGCCCCAGACUUACUCCUUAGUUUUUGUAUCUUAACGACAUAUUUGCCAUGUGCAAAUUUGUGCAAAUCUGUUUUUUUCGUCCAGUGAACCUUUUUGGUGAUCAAGGCAAAGCUGUUAGAUAACAGUCCAGUAUAAAGUAAUACUUUUCUGCAAGAUGUGAAAGACAGCCAAUUUUGAUGAGUGUAAUCCUGUCACCAGUGUCAUACUAAAGAAAACGUUAUUCACCAGCGAUUGUUAUUCUUGAAUUUGUUCUCCUUAUCACUUCCUAAAUAUUAGUUUUUGAAAAGAAGGUCAAGGAACGUAUAAAAAUCUAAGCAGAAGAUGGGUUAAUUCUAGUGACUUUUCAAAAAAAUUGGAUCGCAAUUAACCUUUAUCUUAUUUCUAGGUUGUGGCUAACGUUUAUCUGGCGGAUAACACGGAAGGAGGCUACUUGUAUGAAAUUUCCGUUCAAACUGGAAUGUGGAAGGGUUAUGGGACGACAGCAAACAUAGGACUGAUCAUCUAUGGAGAGCAAGGCGUGACCCCAGCUUUACCCUUAUCAGAUCCAGAACUUAACAAAAUUUUCUUUGCUCGUGGAAGCAUUAACAACUUUACUUUAUCUUUACCGGAGUCGUUGGGUAACCUAGUAAAGAUUAAAAUCUGGCACGACAACAGUGGGAAGAGUCCUGCGUGGUUUUUCUCACAGGUUAAAAUUAUUGAUUCUCAGACUGGAGACAAAUGGCAUUUCCUGGGGAACCGAUGGCUUGCACUGGAUAAAGGUACUGGGCAGAUAGAAGUGGAACUAAAAGCUGCCGAUAAAAGAGAACUCUCAGGAUUCAAAAACCUAUUUUAUUCCAGAACCUCGCGGAGCUUGGGUGAUGGUCAUUUGUGGUUAUCGGUCUUUACCAGGCCUCCGCAUAACACAUUCACCCGUUGUCAGCGCUUAACUUGUUGUUUGUCAAUUUUAUUUGCCACUUUGAUAACAAAUGCAAUGUUUUAUCAAUUUAAUAACCCCCCAGAAGACACGUUCCAGUUAGGACCAAUCAAGUUAAGCUGGAUACAAAUCAAAAUUGGCAUUCAGAGUAGUCUUAUUGCUAUUCCUGUAAAUGUCCUGGUAGUAACUAUCUUUAAGAACAUCAAGUACCCUCUCCCUGCGGAUGCAAUUGGGGCAAACCAAAAAACACCUGGAUGUUUGCCUCAUUUUUUCGUGUACGUCGGCUGGAUGCUUUGUAUCUUGACUUCCCUGGCAUCUGCUGCGUUCACAGUGUUCUACAGCAUGAUGUGGGGGGCUGAGACUUCAAACCAAUGGCUCACAUCUAUCAUGGUGUCAUUCUUCCAAGAUGUUGUUAUCACACAACCUAUAAAAGUGGUUCUUAUUGCGUCACUGUUGUCUCUCAUUAUCAGAAAGCCUCCUGAGCAGGACUUGGUUCUCGGCUCGUCGAUGAAAAGUGGCGGGAAAGGUAGCCAAGUAGAACCACCUGCCGGAGAGGCGCUCAAAAAAGCCCGCGAAUUUCAAACGAAGGUCUUGGAAAUGUUUAGAACUAUUGUUGAAAUGACUUUCUUCUUUGUGUUUAUUGCUCUUCUCAUGGUGGUGUGCUAUGGAAAUAGAAAACCUACCAGGUUUCAGCUGACUGCCGGCUUGGAGAACAUGUUUAGUGGCUUUGAAAAGGUAAAGAGUACUGUUAUACCGCUAAAAAAACUAAGCCUUUUUAGCCACAUCACGUUAGUAUACCUCGAUUUGAAUUUCAAAUGACUUGCAGUGAUCAUUAAUUAUGUCAACAGAGUGAACUCUGUCCACUGCUACAAAGUUAUUAUCAUGCGCUAUGGUUAUCUUGUCAAGUGCAAUCCAAGCGUAAAUUAAUUAGGAACUCUAUACGUGGUCUGUUUUUUCUUCACUAUCGUAAGGAUUCUCUGUUUUCUUUCUCCAUAAGGUAAACAGUCCACCGGCCUUCUGGACAUGGACGAGGAAUGUCCUCAUUCCAGGCCUCUAUCACACACAGUGGUACAACGGCGAUCGUUUCGAAUACGAGGAGGGUUUCCUUAGCAACAGAGAAACCUUUAUGGUAGGAAUGCCUCGGCUCCGACAAGCUCGUAUCAGACCUGGUGAGUUCCAUGCCAGUCACUUUAUUACUUACAUUUAAGUUUCGUUCACACGGGAACGAACGAAGUUUCGACCGGCUGGGAAUUUUACGGGAAACUAUUUUCACACGGGACCAUUCAAUAUUUUCGCUCUAUUCACAAGGAGGUUUGAACGGCUAAGCAUCUAAGUUUUUGUACCGUUUAUAUAAGGUGGUUCCGUGUAAACGGACCACCUAAACGCACGAAUUUCAACUGCUCGAAAAUUCGUCCGGUGCCGUGUGAAGGUAUCCUAAGAAAAAACCUGGGCCCAGUUUUUCGAAGGCCGAUUAGUGCUUAACCAAGGGUUAAAUUUAACCCGAGUUUCUUUUCCUUUUGUUCAAAAGCAUUUUCUCGGAGAGUUUUCUCUGUUAUUUUUAAGAGCAUCCAAUCAUCAACUUGUCAACAAAGAGAAUUAAACUGAAUUUACUUUUUAAGCUUUCAUAUCUGAAUUCAUAUUUCGCAUUAACCCUGGGUUAUCUUAACCUAGCUUUGAACAACCCGGCCCUGUAUAUAGAGGAUAUUACAUGGCCGCGCGGAGGUACGAAAUUUCUCUUCGAGUGUUGAAAAAUAUUUUCAACACGACAAAAGAAAUUUCGUAUCUCCAAGCGGCCAUGUAAUGUUCUAUUAAAUAUAUAAACGCCAAUGAAAUACCAAACCAUUUCACUCAAAUGGUCUUUGGUGUGAAAGGCGCGAUUUUUUAUGUAGCCAUAGCAAAGGUGAUAUUUUCACAUGUGAAGAUAUCAAGUUUUUGCGCGAAAGCUCACCUGGUAUUUCAUUGGUGUUUAUAUAAUAAAUUAGGGUUCGUAGACAGUAAAGCAUAAUAAAUAAAGAUGUGAAUUUACGAUUGCACAAAAAUGGUGAAUAAAGUAUCUUGCCGCGGACUAUAGUAGCAUAUGAUCGGAUUUCAGUGAAGAUCUACUUACUACUGUUAGACACAAGAUGCCGUAUUUACUCGAAUAAACGCCACCCUCGAAUAAGAGCCUCAUUUGGGAUAAAAAAGUUAAUGAACGCCUCCCCCGAAUAAAUGCCGAGGCCCAGAUACAGUCGAAGUCAAAAGACGUUAAUUCUGUUAGGUUAAUAACAAUGUCGUCGUUGAAUAAAUUCUUUGUCGCGUCCAACUUUCAAAUAAACGCCGCCCGUAAGUAAGCACCGCAUUUGAGGCAUGAAAAUUUUAAUAAGUGCCGCGGUUCUUCGACUAAAUACGGUAUUGGUGUUUUAUAAGAAUUUUUUUUUUGUGCAAGAAAAUUACUUUUUUGCACACCAAAUGUGGCAAUCCUUACGAUACGACAGUGGCAAUCCUUACAAUAUGAAGCAUGCGCUUUUCUCCUUUAAACUUUACUCGCAUUUAACAGUUUCAGCACUACAAUUAGUAAAUGUCCAAGUCGAAAAAUGCAUAAAUUUCCUUUCUACCUGCUGGCAAAAAGAAAUAUUGAACUUCAGUUUUAUUAAAGACUGGCAUAGGGAAGCUUCAUUUUCUCACAGAAUAUUGCCGGUGGGAAAAGGAAAACUGUUAACACGGUUUCACCUCGAAGCUAGAAAAACAGCGGUUAUGCAUUUUACAGAGACUCCCAAGUUUAAUCUUUGUUUUAAUUGUUUCCUUAAUAGACUGCUAAAGAGUGAGCAAUGCACAUUUACUGCUUUUUUGUUGUUGUUCAUAGAGGAAAGAUGUAUCAUGGAAGCCACAAAUCCAGAAUUGGCCCAUAAUUUCCAACGUUGUUUAUCACUCUAUAAUGACGAAGUGGCUGACUUGACUCUUUACAACCAACCCGGUUGGAUCCCUUUGGAUAACACCAGCCAGUUACUGUCUGUGUUUGAACUGCAAGAUAUGUGUCCAAGGCCAUGGCGGUACCGAACAGCGAAGAAUUUAACCACACUCUCUUGGCAAGGAUUACAAAGUGUUUAUGGCGGCGGCGGGUUCAUUGCGGACCUUGGCUACAACGCAAAGUCCGCUCUGGAAGUGUUGCGCAACUUGGAGAAAAACAACUGGAUAAAUGACAUGACUGCUGCAGUGUUCGUUGAAUUUACAAUCCAUCAACCAGCGACAUCGCUAUUUAGCGUCGUGAGGUACUUGUUUGAGCGCUUGUCUACGGGAGGGUACAAUACCGUGACAAAAAUUGCAACCUUGACGAUAUAUGCUUCGCCAGAUCCUGCCUUUAAAUCUUUUUACCAGCUGUGCCAGCUCCUUCUGAUGUUGGUUAUUUUAUUUUUCUUUUUUGCUGAAAUUGGAAAAAUUUAUCGUCAAAAAUGUUUUUAUUUUGCUCAGUUUUGGAACUGGAUGGAGCUGCUACAGAUAUUUGGAGCAGUGGCAGCGGUUGUAAUGUUCUUUUUCAAAGAAAUGUACACAAGUGAGUACAUUAAGCGUAUCCAGGCAAACCCGUUUGAGACUUCCAGCACUGAUUAUAUUGUGUUAUGGUCCGAACUCGAGAUCUAUUUGUUGGCUUUCGUCAUUUUCAUCGUCACAAUGAAAUUUCUCAGACUUAUUCGCUUUAACCGUCACAUCUGUCAAAUGACUGCCACCAUACAGAAAUCUGUAGGUCAUCUCUUGUCAUUUUUUUGCGUAUUCGUAGGAAUUAUUCUGGCAUAUACUCAAAUGGGUGUUCUUGUGUUUGGACCAAGCGUAUCAACUUACUCAUCGUUCUUUCAAUCCAUGCGUUCGGUCUGUCAGAUGAUCUUGGGAGGCGAAACACACUUCCACGAGCUCAAACAUGCCAGCAAAAUUGUAGGACCUCUGUUUGUGUUUUGUUUCAUGUUAAGCAUGUCGAUGAUCAUGUUGAAUAUGUUUCUUGCAAUACUUAACGAAUCGUACGAAGAGGUUAAAGACUUUGAGGGGCAUGCUUUCGCAGAUGCAGAACUCGGCGAGUUUAUGAAAACAUACUGUGAAACAAAGGUCGGGUACGUCAGUGACGACCUGGUCGCCUUUUUCAAGAAAAUGGUUACCAUGGCACGGGCUAAGAGGCCGAAAAUGGGUCUGGUUGAAGGGUACGAGAAAGUACCAAUUGAAGAAUCCUACCAAGUGUUUGAAGAAAACGUUGAUGACGGCAUUGAGUUGUGUGGUGCUAAACCGCAGUUAGCCCUUAUUGCUUCUAUGGAAGACUUAACUGAUAGCGAAGAAGACUUGGCUUCCAAUUUGGACGAUGUAAAGCAAAGCUUGUCCGAAAUUGGAGCGGAAUUGCGUCGUUCAAUCUCAGUUCUUAACGAACCACCAUCUCCGUGUGACACAAAUCUCAAUGACUUAAACAAAGAGGCGAUAUGUUCUUGUGAAGAUUCAGUUCUGGAUCCUCGUAGUUAUGGCUAUAAUCGUUACUCUUUUUUCAGUAACAUUUGGGAAAGGCAAGAGUUUCCCAAUGACCGCUUUCGCACGAGAAAAAGAACUGCAAAUAUUGAGCCUCUAAUCAGCGGUCCUUUAAUCGAACGCAUUGAGGAAAUGAAUGCCGAAUUCAACGAGGAAAAUAUCAUCCCUUACUUUCCGACAAUCUGGGAAAGACAAGCAGAGCCUGAUCAUCUCACUGAGAAACAAAGGACUUCAUCAAAGCCUUUUCCUCUCGUAGACAAUAAGGCUGAUUUGAGAAGUAGAGACGAGGAAUGUACAUUUGAUAGAGUACGUCUUGAAGAACACUCAACUCCUGAUUUGAUGUCUACCAGCACGAUAAACAGCACGGUGGUGGAUGAUCUCCCCGAAAGUUUUGUAUAAAUUCUGGUAGCGGCGGGUAGAAGCUAUAACGACGCUCGCUGAAAAGACCGAGUAGCCUUUAACCUUAAAAAUGUCAGAAAAUACUUUAAGGCCAGUCUCAAAGUUACCUUGACUGCCGAUAGAGAUAACCUUGAAGUCAUAUAUGGUAAUUAAAUUGUAAGGUGAAAAAUAUAGAGAGUUACUUAAAUGAUAAAAAAGGAUAAAAUACACUGGUAUUUAG